AAAUGAACUGAAACACAUGAAAGAUACAAAUGAAAGACAUUAAUAUAUAGGUUAAACAGAGUUCUUAAUGUCAAUUUGGAGGAGAGCACAGCAAAUUUUGUUUAAGUUUUUGACAAAAGCAAAUAACUGAAAAUACACACUACACAAACAUCCUGUAGACAUUAAUAAAUGAACUGUUUAACUGUUGACGCAUGCGUGGUAAAGAUAGGACGGCAGAGUCGCGACGUACCGCUGCGCAUGCGCAUUGCGGAUCGACCGAAGGACACGGAUUGGACUCCUUCACCGUAUUUUUAGAGCAUCUAUCGCUGUGUGUUUAGAAGCUGAUUAAACCUCACCACAGUGUUCAGUGCUAACCACAGUUUCAGAAUGAGGCACAGUUUAUUUUACGGAAUUAUUCGUUUGAAAUAUCCGCAAGAAUGUUUAAGACACUAUCCUUUUCGGGGUUUUCGGGGUUUUCGGGCUUUAUCGGAUGCUGCUAACGAGCCUUUGAAAAAGUGGACUUUCACAGUCAGCCCUUUUAUUAAAGUUAGUUGUCAUGUAUACUGUAAUGUCUCAGUACAGCCUUUGGAUGCACACGCAUUUCCGGGAGCGGAUCGGGUGUUUGUUGCUGUACACGGUCGCAGCGGUGAUGACGUCACUGCACUGGACACGGUUCAAGUUCACUAUGAUGAUCAGAGCAAGGAACUACAAGUUGUCGGCAACGAGACCAUCAGUAAUCUGUCUAUAGAACUCACAACUCCUAUUAAAAGUGACCUUCAUGUUGUUAGUCAUGGGAAUGGCAGUGUGAGGAUCCAGAACAUGGAAAGCGAACUGUGCGAUGUACAGACAGAAAGAGGUCACUGUGUCCUACAGUCUGUCAAGAGUCACAAAGUGCAGGUACGGUCUAGUGGAGGAAACAUAGCUGGCAUGGGAACCAUCCAUGGCAAUGUGGAGAUAAUGACUGCAGGACACAGUAGAGUUGACAUUAAGAAGGUCCAGGGAACAUCCAUGAAUAUGUCCACAGAACAUGGUCCACUAAAUGUGAAAGCCAUUUAUGCUGAGUCCAGUGCUGUGGAUUCCUCUUCAGGGAAAAUCCAUAUUGGGCACAUACACGGUGAAGCACUUGUGAGGAGUGACACAGGAGAUAUCAUCAUUGACAGUUCUAGUGGAGUCCUAACAGUACACACUAAUGCUGGAAACAUUGAUGCGUAUGUGAGCCAAACAGGAACAGCUGAGCUUCAUACACAGCAAGGUGCUGUGAGUGUUCGUGUGCCGUCCACUUUAAAGGCCUGGGUGCAGUUGUGUGGGUCGACAGUGGAAGCCAGUUCAGAGAUUGCUCAGGAGACACAAAUCCAGUCAUCUCAGGGAAAAGCUGUACUUACUGGGUCGUUGAAUGGUGGCACACAGGAGGACUGCUGGAUCAGUGCCACUGCUGACAGAGGAGCCGUGAGCAUGAAGGCCCAGAGCUGGUUUGAGACGCUUAAACUGGGGAGCUGAAUGAUGAUUCACCUUUAAAUUCAACAUUAAAAUAGUUAUUAUGUAUAGUUUUGGUUUUGUUAUGUGUACAGUGUAUUAUUACUGUUCAUACAGAUGUCAGCAAAUAAAUGGCAAAUAUAUCACUCUCUGAUCUCACACUUUCUUUAGAAUAUACAGCAUUUUAAUACAUAUGUGUUAAUAAAUAGCCAUAACACAUAUAUACUGUAUGUGGUGACACUGCCGCCUCACAGCUCCAGGGUUUCUCAGGACCGUGUGGAGUUUUGUCCAUGUAGGUUUCCUCUGGGUUCUCUCAUUUCCACCGACUUCCCAAAACCAUGCCUGUAGGUUGAUUGGCUACUCUAAUUUGCCCCUUGUUUUAAAUGCGUGUCUGCAUGGUGGCCUGUUAUAGACUGGUGUCACAAUCCAAGUAUAUUCCUGCUUCACACCCAGUGUUCCCGGGCUAGGCUUCAAAUCCGCCAUGAACCGGAUAGCAGUAUGAGUCUGCUUGCACUUGUGAAUGUCUCCAUUUUG